AUAUAUAUAUAGGCUAUAUAUGUAAUAACAUAUUUUUCACUGUAAUGGCGCAUGAUGGCCCGUAAUGAAAUUUAAAUUACAUCAUUGUGUAUCAUUUGAAUGUCGGCCAUUUCGCGUAUAGAUUAUUCAAUAUCGUUUUCUAACACAUGAUUGACUGUUAAUGUUCAGCUUUGAUCCGGACUUUGAUAGUGCCGAUAAAACAGCAUCCGCUAGGGUGAUAAAACAGGCGGUCCGACAUGCUGCUGCUUACAUGAUUCUUUUCUCGUGUUAUUGGUGGGUAAAUUUAGCACAAGUUGAGGACAUCAGCUCAGUAACCGAGCACAUCCAGCAUGGUCAUUCCUCUCCUUCGUCUCCCCUCCUCGGUUAACUUGCGUUGUGGCUAUCUGGUACACAAUGUACGAGUAUGCUUUUAAUAUAAAACAACUGCGCAAGAGACGGAUUGAAACAGGGGGGCGACGACAAGAAGAAGGGGGGACGUGAGUAUCGUAUGGUGUUGCACAAUGUUCAUCUUCACGGGUCCUUCGUUUCGCGCAGUGGACACGCAACAUCCCUCCAUUUAUCGUUUCUGCUCGUUGAGCACACUUGUUAUUUAGCUGCUCCUUUUUGCGAUACGUCCUGUUUGCGACUUAGCCCCUUCCAUGGUACCAACACCUUAAUACUCCCUCAAGUCAAGUAAGAAGAUAGAAGAGCAUUGAAUCAGCCAGAAAAACAUCACUUCUUCUUUUAAGUUGAACUAUUAUUAUUGUGCAACGAAACAUCCGCAUCUGACCUGGAAGAAGAUUUUUUACUCUGAAUGUACAAAUGGAUAAGAAAAAGCAAAAGACAGCACUUCCACCAAGACCGGAGAGAGAAGAACAGAAUGAAAGGACUGAAGACAGGAAGAAGAUGAGGAAAACCAAGGUGGCUGAAAGAGAAGCUUCCUCAAAGAGCACUAAUAGUGAGCUUCAGCAGCAACUGACCAGGCAGGAGGAGUUAAUAGAGUCUGACCAGUCAGAGGGGGAUAUAAGAAUGAAUUUAGGGUUUGGAGCUAAACGAACCAAGAAGCCUCCAAAGAGCCUUGAGAACUUUAUUUGCAGGCCCACAGUAAGGGUCUCUCAGAGGCCUACACAUGGAGAUGGCUAUGGUUCAUGUGGAGUUGAAGCUUCCAGUUCUCAGAACACAGGGGCCAACAAGUCACAUCGAGAGACUCAGAAAAAAGAUAACAAAGAUUGCGUUUCUUCAAAAGCUUCCACAAUUUCGAAUCUGUCAAAUCCAUUGCCCACCUCAUCCAAAAAGGCUGACUCUGCACCUGUCAAUACAGCCACUAAAAAGGCUACAUCAAAACAGUCAAGGAAGACAGACUCAAAGUCAUUAUUAACAUCAGAUGGACCUUCGUAUGCAUUUCAACCACAGACAGAAAGCAAAGUACUCCUUUCCGACAGGAUAACAUCUUCCACCCCACUAAAGCCUCCAGUUGCACCUUCUCCACCCUCCUCAUUACAACAAAACUCCAGUCCACAAGAUGGCACCCAAUUUUUAAAUGUUGAAAGAGAAAAGGUUGAAGAUCUCCCUACCGGGGCAACAGUGACUGCUUCCCUCAGUUCAAAGAAUAUGACGCUGAAAGCUCAGAAGUCUUCUUCCAGUCUAGAAAAUGUCAGUGAACGAACAUUGUUUCCAAUAUCUUGUAGUGAGGAUUUACUGCCCCUAAAGCAAUCCUACCCUCCAAAGGAAACUUUCAAAAUCAGGGAGAGUAAUGUUGAAAAUGUUUUGAAUGGGAAUGGAAAAGAGGAUGGCAAACAUGAUGGAAAUUCUACAGGUUCCAAAAACACAUAUAGUAGGGUAAACAGUAAAAAGAGUAAGGAAAACAAUUUAGUGCAUCAGCCAAGUUCCUCUAUCAAAAAACCAUCACUCCUUCCUGCUUUAGAUAAAUAUGCUGUUUCAUCAACUCCUGAAAACAGCACUUGUACACCAGAGUUACCAGAGAGAAGGAGGAACAAAAAGCAUAAUGAAAGUGGAGACAUAGAUGGCACCAAAAAAAAGGCCAUGGAACCUGCCCAAACUAUCCCUGUUGAUGUCCAGCCAAAGGAUUGCAGCAGGGUAGGGCAUAUCAUUGACAAGAAUAAAAAGAGAAAUAGGCACUGCUUAAACCAGGGAGAAGAACAGUGUUCCUCUCAAACUACCAUCUGUGCGGACUCACAAUUUAAAACUGAUAUUUCUUUCACAGACAAAUCAUCAAGUGAUGAGCCUUCACAACCCAAGCAAAACACCAACCCACAGAAGAAACAGAAAGUUGUUAAAAUUACAAAGAUGGCAGACAAAAUGGAGACGAUGGAUCUGGUGAAGACUGCUAAUGUUAGUUCCACUGCAUGUAUGUCCCAAACAUUUAAACUUAAAAAAAUACCUUCCAUGAAGUCCUCAAAAGCAUUAUCAUCACCGCAGUGCAAACCGGGAACAGUUGGACGAACUCCUAAAUCUAAACAACUGCAAAAUCCAUCACUCAGAUCAGAAAUCUCAGCCCUUGAACCGCAGCCCAAGAGAAGAGGUCGCCCAAAAAUGAUCAGGUUGGAUGAAUCUUCUCAGGGAUGUACACCUAAUAAGAUCCCCAUACGUGAACACUCUCAUUUCCCUGACCCAGAGAUUGACAUGCAACUCCCAAAGCCCAUGCAAAGAAAACGAGAUUGCCCCAAACGUUCCUUCUCUGUUCAGGCACAGAGUUCUGAGUCACAAUACUCCACGUCUGUGAAGAAGGGGGCAGAAGAUAAUCUUAAACCCACCUUGUUCAAAGCUAAAGACACUCCAAUGUCCAGCAAAAGAAAUAGAUUGAUAAUGAAAACAAUUAUGAAAAAUAUCAAUAAGAUGAAAGUGAAGAAGAAGGAUCAGGUGCUCACACAAUUUCUUUCAGGGCAAAGACAAUGUCGCAAAGCACAUUUUGCUCAAAAAAAUAAUGCUGGAGAUGCAGAUGGUUCAGUUUCAGAUGCUACACACUCUUUAUCCUCUCUUGUAUCAUCUUUUGGGGGGAAACUUGGUCCACAAAUUAAUGUGAGCAAACAUGGAACUAUCUACAUAGGAAAGAGGAGAGGUCGUAAACCUAAAUCUCAAAGGGAAAAUUCUUGCCAAGUCUCUGAACAAAUUCUGCUUCAAAAGUCUCAGAAAAUAAAGUCUUCAAAUAAGUUGAACUCUUGGUCCACUCUUGGGGAACAAAUCCAUUCAUUUGAUAGUCAGUCUGCUGUUAGUAGCUCCCCCAACUUAUUUAAAUAUAUUAAGUCCUCUUCGACCACUAUUGGUUCUUUCCGAAAAAAGCUUUAUCCUGGCAACUGUGAGUACGGUCCACAUUCUGCUCCAAAGGUAACAAGUUCCCAGAAAGUUAAAGCAAUGCUUGAAGAAAAAUCUAAAUCUCAUUCCUCUUUGCAAUCAACACCACUCCCUCCAGCCACAACCCAAUUAGGCUCUGUUGGGAUGCAAGACUGCAGAACGGCACAUCUUGCCCGAUCCGUUUUGAUGGAGCAAGAACUACUCAAACACAAGUGCCAUAGAAAAGGUAAUAAUUGCUUGAGCCGUGAAAAGAUAAGGACACAUAAACACACAUUUAAGAGAAAAUGUCAUCAACUCAGGGCCAAAAGGCAAGACCCAGCCUUUCUAGCAGAGAUUGAGGACUUGGUGGUCAGACUCAGUGAGAUUCGUAUUGUGCAUCAUAUUGCUCAGGGAGGGAAUGAAGUGAAAACUGGUGGAAGUAAGAGUAUGAAAGGGAAAGGUCACCAUCAUGUUCUUCAGUGUCUGCCUCAAAACCUUCACCACCCUGCCAUGUUUCAAAUCAACUUCAGCGGUUACUACUCACCUCAUUCUGACUUUUCCCGUGACUCUCGGCAUUAUGUCAGAAUGGCUGAUUUUAAAAGAAACAACAGGUGCCCCUCAGAGCCAAGUGAACAUAUUGUCACACAUUGUCCGGUGGUACACAAACUCGGGUUUCCACUGUCAGGAACUGGAUGUUACUACCCACCCUACAAAAUGCCUCUCUCAACCACCUCAUUUGGUUUUGGACUUUACAGAGGAUACCCUGCAUCUGCAACUAUUUACCCUUCUUCACCUUUUUUAGCCUCUUAUGUGCACCCCUACUCCAAAACUCCUAUUUUAAGCCCAACAAAGUUCCAUAAAAGGAAGCACAAGUGUCUGAGACGUGACUCUGUGUUUUGUGGAGGGAAGGCAGAGGGGACAUACUCUAAUGUAACUUCUCAUCCAUCAAGUGACUGGUUCAGGAUAAAUAGCUGGCAAAGGGAAGAUGACAGAGAGCAGGGCAGAGAUAAAAUGCUUGUUGAUGACAGGCGUAGUACAAGAAGAGAGAGAGAAGGAUUAGAGUGUUUGCUAGGACAAAGUAGACUCAGAAAAGAUAAUCUAAACAGAAGAGCUUCGUCCUCUAAUUCCCCAUGCUCUUUCUCAAUGCUUACCAAUAAAGCAGACAAACACAAAACCUCACUCCCAUCAUAUAUAGGACCAGCACACCUGAAAACGAUACCAAAGGUUAGGUGGACAGAGCAUCAGCAUCCAUGGAGGUGGAAAGGGAGUGUUCCAGUUGAACAGAGUAACAGCAACCUAAACCAAGAAGCUAAGUCAGGGUACCAGGAGGAGGAAGACACUAUAGAAGGUCCAGAGAGUGAUAAAGACAUUCCAUCACCGCCCCUAUUAAAAAGAACAAUCCGCCAUCACACUUUCCUAAAGAAUCCCAACCUAAUCAGCAGCGCGUACAGUCGACAGACCGUCCAGAGGGGCACUGGUGAAGUUCAUUGUACUUCAAAAGAUUUGAUGAGACCUGGAAGAACACUGAUCAAGGAGCCUUGCUCUGCUGGAGACAAAAUAUUAUCAGAGAGUUUCCAGCCUGGCAGUCAACUCUUCCAUGUACACCAUCAGCAUGGUAGUUACUCUUUUACUGAAGGACAAGAGAGAGCAGGAAAAAAGGCAAGACACAAAAUAAGCCAGACUCUCUUUCAGAAAUCUCUUAUCAGCCCCUUUGCCCCUAGAACUGUCCCCCAAAUCAGCCUUUCUCAUUCAGACUGUGCUAAACAGACUACACAUACCAAGUGUAAGCGGAAACAUGUUAACAAACCAGAAACCAAAGUGAAGAGAAGGGGACCUGGGCGACCAAAGAAAACCCCUGCACCAUGUUUUUCUCCAUCUUUAUCAAUUGCACCUUUACAUCACAGAGUCACAGAGUGUCCAGAAAAGCAAAGGAAAGGGGAAAGAGGUGAUGACACAGCACUCUAUGUAAUGGAAUCCGUUGCUCAAGGUGAGAAACGGAAAGGAAAGAAAAGAAAAGCUGGAGCGCAUGUAGACAGGGGAGAAGAUGUAGCUGAGAGCCAGGAGCCCUCAGAUUCACACUUCGGUCCAUCCUCACCAUAUCAUGAUCCAUCAGUUUCUGUACACAAUCAAUCAGAGAGGAGCUCUACCAUGCCACCUGACAAGAAAUAUGAGUGGGCAGGGCUUUUCUCAGAUGUAUAUAAAAGCGCAGACACUCCCAGUCUGUCCCCACCAGUAAACACAGAGUGCCUUGAAUAUGAUCCUGAGGAACACGAACAUGGCCUCUUUCCUGCACCUAUACACGUAGGAAAGUAUCUGAGGCUGAAACGGAUUGACUUUCAGUUGCCCUAUGACAUAUAUUGGCUCAGCGCACACAAAAAGGUUCAUAAAAUAUUACAUGCCCCACUAACAACAGCCACAUCCAAUGGGUCUGUUGGUGUAAUGUCUCUCACUCAAACUGAGGACAGUCCCUGUACAAAUAAUAAGGACAGUGUUCCUCAGGACUGCAUUGCUGACAGCCUUAAUAGAAAUGACAGCUGUAGACUACCUUCAGAGGAGGUUGGAGAGGAAAUCAGUCAAUCAAACAUUGAUAAUAAUAUUCCCCAACAUUGUGAUCCUCUCAAACAGCAGGAGAGAGGCAGUGAUGCUGAAAAUGUCCCCUCCCCUCUCCUGGUGAUACCGUUGUCGUGUGAGGAGAGGAGUUUCAUCUUGGAACAUGGCAUUUUUCUGGUGAGAAACUAUGAGAAAAUAAGAGAGAGACAGGCAUUGCUCCUGAGGGAGGGAGUGAGAGAGCGAGAGAAAGAAAACAAGAAAGAUGGAGGGAGAAGCCAAUCUCAUAAAGGAGUUCUUGGAGUCAACACCAGCACCAAGUCAGACCAGUGCCUGACUCCAUCAUGUCCACAGUCUGAGAACGGACUCCGUGGAGAGAGAGAAGAGGAGAGGAGAACUGUACAGGGCAGCAACCUUACGCAAACACUCCAGGAGAUCUAUGAUGUCAUUGUCAGUUACAAGGGGUCAUCUGGACAAACCCUCGCCGCUCCUCUGCUGAAUCUGUGUUCCAGAAAGAGGUCUGUCUCAGCUCCUGCUGAUCUCAGUACAUUGCAGAAGCAGCUCAUCUCAGGGUAUUAUGAGAGCCUGGAUGCCUUUCACUCAGACAUGCUCAGGGUGUUCCAAUGCGCUGAGAAAUACUAUGGCUGUGAGUCCUCAGUGGGUCGUAAUGUAAGGCAGCUGAGGGAAGUGUACCAUAGUGCUCAUCAGGAGGCCUUAACUCAAACUGGCAACUUCCUCUGAGAGGCAGAACACAGCACCUGUGUCCUCUGACAGGGCGUGGCUAUGCCAAAACACAGAGGCAUGAUGGGCCUUCCAGAGGGCAGAUAAUGCUCUUCGAUGCUGUUUGUUGCUUUCACAGAUGCACUAGACAGGUUAAUACAGCACUCCUGGAAAUGCCGUUUGUAAGAAUGGACUUUGUUGACGCUUGACAACUUGAUUAGUUGAAAACAUGCUUUUUUCUCUCAGGGAAAUAAAAAUCAAGGGAAGGGGCAGGAGACAUGAUAAAAACAAUUCAAAGAUCCCAGAUCCUUGUAUGCUAAACCUGAACAACAUGCAAUUCUUUGCAUCUUUAAAUGUUGUAGACUGAAGAUGAACAUGUUGAACGGAAUGCAGGAAACCAGAGAGAUGCUUUGGGUCAAAGGAUUGGACAUGCACUUACUGUUUUAAAUAAUUCAACACACUUACAUCAGAAUACCUUUCAAAAGAAAAUGGACUCCACUUCUUGAAUUAGGGUUCACUGACUAAACAGUUGUCAACACCAUGAACAGAAAUGUGGUCUACUGUCUUUUUUGUAUUAGGGUUGGGUGGGUUAUAACUAUUAAGUAAGCAAUAGUGCAUGAAAGGAUUUCAUGAUGCAGCCUUAAUAUAAGGAAAUGUGUAUGUUUAUAGCCAUUUUAGAACAGUAAUUCAUUUUAAAGGGAAUUUAAUACCAGUUUGUGCAAAGCUGUCUUGUGCUAGUGAUGUUUUGUAAAACAUUGAUUUGAAGCAGUAAUCUUUAUAGCUUUGAGAUUCUCAUAAAUAUUUUAUACUGUUUAUUGUAUAUUUUGUAUAUUGUACGUCAUGAAUAUUCAGCAGAAUUAUGUUUAUGUUUUAAAGAAACUAUAUUUACAGUCUUAAAUGUUUGUUGAUUAAUGAUUGUUUAUUCUUUAAUAAUAUUUGUAUUUUUAUGGAUAGUUUUUAAGGUGUCUCAAUGCAAAGCAUUUCUACUUUUAAAUGGGACAUUUAAAGCUUGACUUUUUGGAGUCUUUAUGUGUGACACUUUUUAUUGCUUAAUAAUGUGUAAUAGCUGUUUAUAAAACAGAAUAUUAUGGCUAUGUUAUACUAGUUGUUGUUGGAAGCUCAUUAAGUAGAGCUUAAAGCUUAUAAUUAGCAAAUUAAUUAAACUUAACUCAUCAGUUAACUAAUAAAAUUAAGACAAUA